CUUUCUCUCUCGCAUUGUUUCAUUACAACCCGAACGCUUCCGUUAGUAACAUGUUGCGUGUUUUGGUCCUCCUAUCUGUUGUGUGUGUUGCAAGAGGCAGCAUCUGUUGCGUGCCUCGCCAGUGGGAGGGCAAUGAGGGCUCAGAAUUAGGACUUCUGAGAGAAGGGGCUCCCUAUCCAAACUUCAUUCAGAGUUCUGUUAACGUCGCCUAUGACGCGGACAACCAGAAAGUGGCAGCAACUCAAUACAUAGACGUAGAUGGAACUCAAAUAAUGGUCAAGUCCAUCAUGGACUAUAAACAUGGUGUCCAAUACUCGAUCAAUGGGACCAAAUGCACACGUACAACUCUCCCAACUACCUUCGUGGAAAACUGCAUCCCAGAUGGUGCUAAGGAGACCCAGACAAUUAUUGGGGCAGGAGGGAAGACUAUGAACCUGAGGACCUACACCAUGAUGGUGGGAAACUUGUCCGUGACGGCCCAGGUGACACAGAACGGCUGUAUCCCUGUGUCGGAGAGCAUUGUGGGAUCCAGUCCAGGACAGUUUAUCCACAUGGGGACCAGUUUCACUGGGAUAACCCCAGGGAUUUCUGACCGCACCGUUUUCAACCCUCCUGUUAGCUGUAUGAUGGGUCCCAUUUAUCCCGCUGAGAUUCAAAUGAUGAAAAGAGUAUCCUUCCUUCAUCCUCUUAGAUAGUUCCUUUUUCCAGCAUCUCUUUAGUCACUCUUUUUUUGUACUCACAACAAAAUAAAUUAUAGAAUUA